CGCCCGCCGCCCGCCGCCGCCGCCGGAGCUCUGUAGUAUGGCAUCGAGGAGAAUGGAGACCAAACCUGUGAUAACCUGUCUCAAAACCCUCCUCAUCAUCUACUCCUUCGUCUUCUGGAUCACUGGGGUGAUCCUGCUGGCCGUCGGAGUCUGGGGCAAGCUCACACUUGGCACCUACAUCUCCCUUAUUGCUGAGAACUCCACAAAUGCUCCCUAUGUUCUCAUCGGAACCGGCACCACCAUCGUCGUUUUUGGCCUGUUUGGAUGCUUUGCCACCUGCCGUGGUAGCCCAUGGAUGCUGAAGCUGUAUGCCAUGUUCCUGUCCCUGGUGUUCCUGGCUGAGCUCGUCGCUGGCAUUUCAGGCUUUGUGUUUCGUCAUGAGAUCAAGGACACCUUCCUCAGGACUUACACGGAUGCCAUGCAGAAUUACAAUGGCAAUGAUGAGAGGAGCCGGGCAGUGGACCAUGUGCAGCGCAGCUUGAGCUGCUGUGGUGUGCAGAACUACACCAACUGGAGCACCAGCCCCUACUUCCUGGAGCACGGCAUUCCCCCAAGUUGCUGCAUGAACGAAACUGAUUGCAAUGCCCAGGAUCUACACAAUCUGACUAUGGCCGCCACCAAAGUUAACCAGAAGGGCUGUUAUGAUCUGGUGACCAGUUUCAUGGAGACAAACAUGGGGAUCAUUGCUGGAGUUGCGUUUGGAAUCGCCUUCUCUCAGUUGAUUGGCAUGCUGCUGGCCUGCUGUCUGUCCCGGUUCAUCACGGCCAAUCAAUAUGAGAUGGUGUAAGGAGAAGUCUUUCAAGAACAAUGGGAUAAGAGGCCUGUGUUAAAAUGAAACCGCAGCACUCUUUGAAAGACUUCCAAAGAAUGUUAGAGCACAGUACAUAAUCCACCUGCUCUGCUACCCCACCCCCACCCUUGCGUGCAGCUGACACUCCCACCCAGUUUCUGCUUCGCCCUACAGCACUCAUCCUGUGUAGUGUCCAUCUUGUGAAGCCCUGUUGUGCCAGAGUGUAGCCAGGUCUCCCUGCAGCUAGUCCUAGUGAAUUCCCCCUGAGGCCCUGUGUGUACCAGCUCUUCCAACUGUACUUGGUCCACCUGCAGCUCAUCCUAGGUGACUGGUUAUCACACCUUCACUGGCCCUGCUGGGCUUUGCAUGUAGUGUGGGAGGCUCCUCUAAGCCCCUCGCCAGCUGUGGUCAAUCAAAGCCACACACUUUUACUUACAUAGAUAAGCAGACAAUAGUUACCUGUUCUUUUGGCUAAGUGUUGUUUGGUUUGGUUUUCCCAUUCCUAAGGCUGUUUCCUACCUUCUUCAGGCUGCCUGCCACAUGUAAGGAGACACCUCGGUAAUUGCUCACGAGGAGGAGAGAAGCAUGUGUCAUGCAUGAAAGAAGUUUGUGAGCAAUUAGGUGGCCUCCUUUCUCAUUGUUCCAUAUCUGGCUAUGUAGAGAUAGUUUAGUGCACCUUUGCCUCUCGGUUGAAACCUGUAUAAUCCUGUUACAAAGCUGUAUUGUUGCUUCCUGUAAAGGCGAUGACAUCACUUUUGUUUUCCCCAAUUAAUUGUGAUUGCGUCAUUUUACUACUUCUUUCUGUAUUUUUUUCUUCUUGCAUUGACAUUAAAGACAUUGAGGACCUCAUCUGAUCAUUUAAAAAUGAGUGUGAAGGGGGAACAAAAGUCAAAAUAUUUUUAAAAGUUCUUUAAAAAAAAUGCCUCUGUCUAGCAUGCCAACAAGAAUGCAUUGAUAUUGUGAACAUUUGUGAUAUAUGUAUUAAUAAAUAGAGCA